AUGUCAGAACGAGAACCGAUGAGUCAAAGUGGCUCCAGUCGUGACUAUGGGGCUACUGCAGCACCUCCUGCAGUAGGCUUUGCAGACUUUAGCCCCACCGAGUUGUAUAACCUCAGUGAAGGGAUUGCUGACAAUGUUAAUACUAUAAAUAGUGGUCUCCGCACUUUAGAAAAAAUGAUGAAACAGAUUGGCGGACCUAGCGAUAGUAUACAGCUAAGGGACAAAAUCCAUGACACGCAACAGAAAGUGAAUAGCUCAGUAUCGGCAACUGCUCGCGACAUCCAGCGGUUAGGCGUAGUUGUCCGACGUGGCGAUAAACCGCAAAAAUUGCAGGUCGAGAGACUUACGCAAGCCUUCAGCGAUGCUCUGGCUAACUAUUCUUCCGUUCAGAAGAAAGUAACCGAAAAGAUGGCGGCCCAUAUGCCGACUCAGCCUCGCAAUAAGAAUGACCCCGAAGCACUGGAGAGGCAGGCUAUCGCUGACGACGAAGAGGCCAGUCUAGUUUCUAAUCAACAAGCACAGGCGCGUCUAGUUCAAUUUGAGACGAGCAUGCUGCUAGAGAAAGAGGCCUAUAUGAAUAAAAUUGAGGCUGAUGUGUUAGAUGUGAAUCAAAUAAUGCAGGACCUUGCUGUGAUGGUCAAUGCCCAGGCACAAUCUAUCGAUACAGUAGAAAGCCAUAUAGAGGCAGCCGGUGUCUCUGUGGAGGCUGGAGUUGAUGAAUUGGCGAAAGCUGCGGAAUAUCAAAGAAGGUACCGGAGGAGAAUGUUCUUUUUCAUCACGAUUGCUAUUAUAUUAGCCAUCCUUCUUAUUGUGUGGGUUGUUAAGGCUUUUAGAUAG